AUGUCGAUGUCAAGUCCUUCGGUGAUCUUUCAUCGCGGGUUACGAUGUACUAAAGUCCCAAGGAACUCGGCUGCAGUAGCGACACCUGUAACCUCCUCUUCUACCCCAACAUCUUCGUUCACCCCAACUACGUCCAACGCGUCGGAUGUGACCUUACAACCUACGUUAUUCAUCGCCGCCUUUUCCACUUUAAGAAAGUCCCAUAAAACUGCAUCUCAGGCUACUACUGAGCUAACUGCUGCACAUCCAACAGCCAUUGAAUCAAUUGCUGCGGACUCAACUGCUACUGAUACGAUUGCUGUGCACCAGACUGCUACGGGAACGACUACUGCAGAUUCAACUGCUUCUGGUACGAUUGCUGCAGAUACAACUGCCGCUGGGUCAGCCGCCCAUUCGACCCACGCAGAUACAAAUACUACGCAGGCAUCACAGACACCAUAUGAUGUCGAGGUGAUUGCCGCACCUGCAGUUAGUACAACCACACUGUUGGCAACUUCCACCAAGCCUCUUUCAAAGACCAAAGAAGACUCGGAAGCCCAAGGUCUAUCAUCUUCGAAUGAUACAAUAGGUGAGGAUACGGUGCCGCUGCCGGUGGAAUGGGAUUUGUCUACUCGUUCGUCGAUCGCGGCAACUGCUACCCCUCCAGCAACGCCUACGAUCGAUACCACCAACCCCUAUUCAUUCGCCUCAACAGCUACUGAAAGCGUGCCCUCUGAGUCUCUUCAAAGCCAUUCCGGUUCGUCUGAUGACACUAGUGGCAAUGCUUCUCUCCGUAUACUACUGGGUAGCAUCUUGGGCGCUUCCGCUUUUGUAGCCCUAGUACUUCUAAUAUGUUUCCUGCUUUUCCGCCACAGGCGACGGAAGCAGAUAAAUGAUAGAGGUAUUGGAGGGAGAGAAAACCUACUGCGUGGUGGCCGAGAAUCGGCAGAUUCAUCAGCCGGGUUGUACCAUGGAUACGGCUCCGGUGUAUCGAAUGCAUCUGGCGCUUCUGCUUCACUAUACAAUUUCGAACCAAAUACGUUAGUGAAUUCCGACCACGAUGGUCAUCAUAACCCUAGUCAGGAGCACGCCUGCCAUUCCAACCCUUUUACCGAUUCGGCAGAGAUAACUCGGGCAAUGCAAGGAAGCACCCCAAACGUAGACUCUCCGGUCCAGAACCCAUUCGCCAACCCAGUCGAUAAUAAUCAGAUUUCACAGCAGGCACACUUCCCUCGAAGACCCGCCUCCGUUCCUUUAUUCACAAACCAAUCUGGAAAUAUGCAGCGACCUGGGAUGCCAUUUGUGCUGGACGAGAGGUCGAUCCGCAGCAGUGACCGCAGUUUGGGCAGUACCAUUAUUCUUCCCGGGCGAAGCAGCUCUGGAAGUAGCCUCCAACAAUUCAGCCGUCACAUUUCGGCGGCAGAAUUGGGAUUGAGUAGCCCAAAUGAAUCGGUGACUAGAGUCAGCACUCGGAGCGACCCUUUUGACUUGGAAGUCCCUGCGAGGGCGAUGGAGCGACACAGCUUUACUAUUCUGCCACGGGCCAAUGUAUAA